AUUACCAGGGACUUCACCGGUUAUGGUCCCAAUAUGACUACACAUAGAUUAUGCUCAUUUCUCAGGCAAAUAAUACAGACUGGCCUGGAUCUUUCUCAGAGCUAAUUUUGAAAUGGAUACAUUGUAUGUGACUUUGCAUGCUAGUUGGAGAAGUUAAUGGAGUUAGCUUAUCACAAACAAGUUAUACAUCACCCAGAGGACUAAGGUGGGGCUCACUUGAAGCUGUCGCCUGAAAAACUAACCGUCCUGCGAGGAGAAGAGGCCCGGUUCACCUGCAGCCCCUCCAACACUGGAUGGGCUGUUAUGGUUUGGCAGCUAAAUGGUAUUCCUGUUCUCGUCAUCUCUGAGGAGGAUGGUGUCCUGCCCUCCGUCAACCCUAACGUGACAGCAGAGAAAAACUCCAAGGGAAACAGUUGGGUGUUUGUCCUAAAACACACAGAGAGGCACAACCUGGGACUUGUGACCUGUGACCUUCAGAGCAUUGAUAGGAAAACAUCAAGUCUGUUUGUACAAGAAAAGGGCAGCGUGAAAGUUGUUGGCAGUGACAUGCUGGCAUUUAAAGGGCGGUUGGUAUUGUUUGAAUGCCAUGCAGCGGGAUGGUACCCUGAACCUAUUAUACAGUGGCAGGUGAACGACAGAAAGAUAAGCCAGGCUGAAUACAACAUCAGUAUUGAAGAUUCAAGUAAGAGCCUCUUCACUGUGAGCAGUAACCUCAGCAUUACAGCAGCUCAGAGCUCUUCGGUGGAUUGUCUGGCCUCAGUGUCUGCCCUGCUCACACCACAGAAGAGCAGUGUUCGUCUCACAGUGGUUGCAGAGGUAGUGCAGGAAGGUGAUGACUGCACAGUCCCGCUGGCAGUAAUAACCUCCCUCUUUCUUCUUAUGCUGCUCCUCUUGCUCUGCAUCGCUGUCCACUGGUACAGACAAAGGAGACAAGCAAAGCCAAGCCCACAGGACGAAAUAAGGGACAUUCAAAUGGGAAUUUCUGGGUUUGGCCAAUCAGGAAAUGAGAGAAGCUCAGCUCCUGGGGAAACAGGGGGGACGGUCAACCUGGGCUUCUUCAAUGAAGGACCCCCAGAUGAAGUUUACAGUGAGCCUAAAACGGACAUUAUCAGCAUUUCCAAGGUCCCUGAUGUCGUGACCUUCAGCACCUUGUCUUUACACUCCGAGAGCCUGGACAAGGUGUGCCUAUCAGAAAACAGCUAUAAGAAUAUAAGGACAGUUACUACAGUUUAACUUGGAAUGUUUUAAUGCUACUUUAUAAAAAAUGUAUGUUAAUAAUGAAAACUACUGCACAGUACAAUAUUAAAAGGGGGUUUUGACAGGUUUUAAAGCUAGAAGAAAGAAUUUUGUGAGCCUAUGCUGUGUUUUUAUAAUAUAUCACAGAAACAUCUAAUAAAACCUAU